AUGGCGUUCUCUAGCACAACCGACAUUACAAGUGAGGACCUGCACUCCACGAUAGGCUCUGCGAAGACCCAAGAUGGUCGAUAUGUCAUCCCAAUCGUGAUCGAGGGCAAGGCACUUCCGGUCGAUGAAUCCCGCCUGAUUAGCGUCCAAUCUGCGGCUACAGGUGCGGAGGUUCAUCUAGCACAAGGAGCCACAGUAGACAUCGCUCGCAAUGCUGCAGAAUCAUCUCGCCAAGCCUUCCAAAAAUGGAAGGCCACACUUUAUACAGCGCGUCGCGAUCUUCUGCUGAAAGUUGCCGACAUAAUUCAAAGUCGGGAAGAAGCAUUUGUGGCAAUGCAGAUUCGCGAGACGUCGUGCCAGGAGGAGUGGGCCCGCUUCAAUGUCAACCUUUCUUGUGCGGGUCUUCGAGAAAUUGCGUCAAACAUAUCUCAAGAAUGUACCGGUGAGCUCCCCGCACCGCAAGGUCCGGGGGCAUUUUGCAUGGUUUUCAAAGAGCCGGUUGGACCAGUCCUGGUCAUUGCACCUUGGAACGCCAGUAUGAUCCUCUCCAGUCGUGCUCUCGCCGCGCCGCUUGCGGCAGGCUGUACUGUCACCUUCAAGGCUUCGGAACUUUGUCCGGGCGUUCAUCAUUCCAUUGUACGAGCGUUUGAAGAUGCUGGCCUACCUCUCGGCUGUAUCAACACCCUACAAGCUCGUCGAAAGGAUUCUCAACAAAUCACCGAAGCGUUAAUUUCCCACACGGGCAUUUCCAAAGUCGCUUUCACUGGAAGUGCUACUGUUGGAAGCAUUAUCGGCCAGCUGGCGUCGAAAUACCUCAAGCCAGUACUUAUGGAACUAGGUGGCAAAGCUCCUGCGAUUGUGCUUAAAGACGCAGAUAUUGAGCAUGCAGCUGCCUUAUGUGCUAAGGGGGCCUUCUUGCACCAUGGCCAGAUAUGCAUGUCCACCGAUCGUAUCAUCGUUGUGCGAGAUAUCGCAGAGGGUUUUUCCCUGGCUUUGGCUGAAUACGUGAAGAAAAAUUAUCCCGAUGGAGCAGGCUCCGCCGUCACUGCAGUUAGCGCCCAGCGAGCUAAGUCUCUAGUUGAUGUCGCUGUGAAAAAUGGCGCGUCUUAUGUUGUUGGUAAUCAUGAGUUUCGCGACAGCACAGAAGCUUCAUUGGCACCGGCCAUUCUCACUGGCGUCAAACCUGAAGACCAAAUCUUCAGUGAAGAAACUUUCGGUCCAUCCGCAGUUAUUUAUGUCGUUGAGAAUGCGGAUGAGGCUAUCGCGCUCGCAAAUUCCAGCAAGUAUGGAUUGAAUGCCGCGGUUCACAGUCGAGAUAUCUUUGCAGCCUUAAAGGUAGCUCGCCAAGUUGAGUGCGGUCAGGUUCAUAUUGGCACCAUCACCGAGUAUGAUGAAGCCAACGCACCCAUCGGAGGCACGAAGGGAAGUGGCUGGGGCCGGAACAACGGAAAAUAUGGGCUGCGGGAGUUUUUAGUGGCCAAGACCAUAUCCAUUCAUGACCCAUCCGCAUCAGCAAGAUUCGGAGGUCAUUGA